AUGGUGUUGUCUCAGUGGCAUGGGUAUGUGAGGAAGAGUAAACUUGCAGACUAUGCUCUUAAGUUGAUUAGCCUCUUCCCAUUCUGUGAAUUUUAUAAAAACUUAUUUAAGCUUGUGUUGAGUGUGUUUUACCUGGCAACCAAAGGUCUCCCUGAGCUGAAACACCAGGUCCAGCUUCAUUUCAAGGCUUAUUGUGAGCCUCUGGAAAAGGGAGAGGCUGAUGAGCAUGACAUUCGUUUAUUAUGGAGAAAUAUUGAGCCACAGCUGAAGAAGUCAAUGAGUUCUGUGUAUCUCAGAGAAGUGUCCAGUGCUCAAUAUGAGAGGAUGCAGCAGCUGACUGAGACAGCACCUACUGACCAAUCACACUUUAAAUCAGCCUUGACCAAUAAGAUGGAACUUCCCUACUACACAAAAUUCCUUUUGAUAGCUGCAUACCUAGCUUCUUAUAAUCCAGCACGUACUGACCGCAGAUUUUUCAUGAAACACCAUGGAAAGCAGCGCAAAACACAAGCCAUGAUCAAGGCUAAAGAGAGAUCCAGCAGUCAGUUGGUUGGACCAAAACCUUUUCCUUUGGACCGUCUCUUGGCAAUCUUCUAUUCCAUUAUUGAUGAUAAAGUUACCCCAACAGCAAAUAUAUUUUCUCAAAUUUCCACCCUGGUGACAUUGAGGCUGGUGACACAAAUUGGAGGAAAUGAUCAACUGGACUCCCCAAAGUACAAGUGUGCUGUUACUCUUGACUUUAUACGAAAUGUUGCAAGGAUGGUUAGUUUUGAUGUUGUACGUUACCUGUAUGACUAUGCAUAGCAAGAGCACCAAAUAUGAAGAUUUCUCACUUGAUCUAGGUCCUUUUAAAAUAUGGUAAAAGUCCUGGUGUAGAUAGUAAAGCACUAACCUUAUGUUGCCUUCUAUUUAAUCUCUGUGGUUCAUUUGGAUUGAACAUGCAUUGAUUCCACUGACACCUUUAAUAAACAAUUGCAAGACUUGAA